UCAGGAAUGCACAAGUCAAUCCCACCACCGACAUGUGCUCCAAUUACAAACAAAUUAGGAUGCAUAUUGAGCAUGCUGAACAGUGCCUGAAAACAUCAGAGACAAUGAUUAAAGAAAAGCUGGGAUGUUUGGAUGAACGCAUGGAGCAACUUAUUAGAGAGAAACUAAGUGUUGAGAAGCAGAAAAAGCAGAAAAACUAGGCCAUGGAUGUUUUGCGCACAAAGAAGGAUUCUGCUAAGGAAUCAUUAAAGCGUUCUAAAAAAUCUUUGGAGUGGGCUGAAAAUGCUGUACAAUCAGCAAAUUAUGACUUACGAGUACAUCAAGAUAAGAUGAACGAAUACGAUGAUUUGGAAACUGCAGGGGCAAUACUGCUUGCAAUACCAGUUUUCGGAUGGAUUGCUGGUCCAAUAAUGAUAAGUGAGGCACAAAAGGGAAUGGAAGAAGCUUUAAAUGCCAUCAGAGCUGCUAAAUGGGAGAAACAAAGCUCUGAAUCUCAAGUGAGGAACUGGACUGAAAAAAUGUAUCAUUACCAGAACAUAAUCUCUAGGACACAGAAUGAAAUUGAGCAGACCAAUGAGGCACUGAAGAGGAUUGAGUGGGAGACUGAAAGGGUUCAAAUGCAUCUAAAGGGCACAGCUGAUAUUCAGGAAAUAGUCAGGAAAGCUAUGAACCUUCUAAGUGUUCUUGGUGGAAGAGUCACUGUACUGGAGAGGCAAACUCAAUGUUUCAUCCUCUGGGAACCUGUGGUAAAGGUCAUGCAAGAUGUGAUGAAGGCAGUAGUAAAUAUUACAGAGAAUCGGCUCCUUUAUAGUCGAGGUGUACCAGACUUCAUGAAUGCUUUGAGGGAGAAUGUUGGAGAACUACUGGCUUUAUGUAACUCAGCCAGUAAUUCUGAGUAUGACAACUAUUACUGAUCACCUUUAUGUAACUCACAUUGCAAAGGCUUAAAAGAAGAAGGUUUAUGAGUGUUUUAGAAACCACUGCAAGUAACUCUGGAAACUGUUGAACGUUAUCUGUACAAUAAUGAAUGACAGUGCCUUUAGUAGCUGUUUGGCUCACCUAACCUAGAAAAAUAGAAUAUUUGACAUGUGUUAAACAUAUAUAUUGUAAUUUCAUAUUGUAAAUGCAUAUAUAAAUAC